AUGAGCACCUCAGUAAAGCCCCUCGAGCGCCUUCUAGAGGUCAUCCGAGAAGAUUUCAAGGAUGCAUCUUUCAACAUACUAACGAGCAUAUCCAUUCACGAACUGGCCAAGAAGAAGAUUCAGGCUAUUAUUGACCUGAUCGCGCCUAUCACGGAAGAGUUUUCAGAUAAAGAGGCCUGGGAUACCUUUACUACAUACAUCAACGACAUAUACACACUGGAAGGCUUCCUCCUCAAAUUAAAAGCCCCUACGAAGUUCGAAACGGAACCGAAGAAUGUUGCCAGCAGUUCGAUUCACAUUGAAGCCUGGACGAAAGAGCGCGAAGAGUGCAAGAAUAAUCUGGCGUCGGUUCUCGCGUUGUCGUCUUCAGAGACGCUUGGGUUCUGGGAGCCAGGUCUGGACGAUACUCUGCUCCUUCGUGGAAUGGUCGAUAGAAUCAACACUGAUGAGUCGGUUUGCGCAAUUUCAUGCAAAAAUCUGAGAUCGGUUCACAAAGGACUGAAGGAUUUGCUGGUCAAAGCAGAGGCGGCCGGAUCAGGAUUGACGUCUGAGGCAAUGGAGUAUGCGAUCAAGGCUGCAUGGCUUGUCUCUGCUGCUGCCGAAGAGGCCAGAGCUUCUGACACAACCGAGCCCAGAAAAUAUCAUUUGUCACAAAACAAGGUCUGGGGAUUUGGUACAAGCCUCGUCACUGCUAUCCAAGCGGGAGAAGGAGCCAGCCUCAAGGCAAAAUACGACGAGUUCUUGAAAGAGCUCAAGGGUGAGAAAUCAUUGAUAUUGCCGUGCAUGAAACUCAUUCUCGCAUCUCGCGACACUCCACGGCCUUUUAUGUUCCAGAACCGAAGAUUAGUUCAAUAUUGCGAAAAAGUGGCUGAACUUUACAAUAAAAGCGAGGCUAAAGAACUCAGCACACUCAGAGUUGUGGAGCGGGCCAUUUCGAAGUCUCUAGAGGCUCUCAAUACCGCAUCAAAGCUCCCUUCCGGCCUGCUAGGAGAUAUGAUCAGCACUUCAAAGAAGGAAGAGAUCCAGGGUGCCUAUCGAGAGGCCGCAGAUGCAAAUCAGCCCGGAUUCGGGAAGAAAUGGACGAAGCCAAGAAUCGGGACGACACACGGAUGGAUGAAAUCAAUGGGAGAAUCGGAAAGGCAAAGGGAACCCCUUUCUAAGGAAACGGUCAAAGUUUCAGUCAAAGUUGGCUCCACGAUUGGCUCACCACAUGAAUAUUCCCUGGACACCAAGAUCGGUGCGUUCAUUUGGGAAGAAAGCGAGAAGGGCAACAAGCGCGUCACCGGCGUCCAGCAUAGAGAGAAACGGCUGAGCACCUCCAAAAAGCUCAGGGAUAUCGCAGAUGCCGGGUCUCAUAUCGAUUUGACACUUGUAUUCACAGGGGAUGACAAGAACCCUGGAGGAGCCGAGAUGCACGACGACGACGACGACGAAGACAACGACGACAACGACGAUGGCGACAAAGGCAACGCUAAAUCUCACAGCGUGUCGCCCUUCAAAAUGGUGCAGAUGCCCAGAAAGGACUCGAGCGAGGACGCCUCAGAUAAUGCUAAAUCCCCCAGCAUGUCGUCACUCCAAAUGGUGCAGAUGCCCAGAAAGGACUCGAGCGGGAACGCUUCAGAUAAUUCCAAUUCCCGCAGCAUGUCGCCACCCCAACUGGUGCAGAUGCCCAGGAGCAGCUCGCCUCAGGUGUCUUAUCCUGCACCACCACCACACCAACGCAAUCCUUCAUGGGAUAUGGUCAACGCGCCACCGACGCUUAAUCCAUCCACGAGCUCUCGCAUAUUACCAGGCUCUCAAUCAAGCUCUCAACCAGGGCCCCAACCAAAUGCUCAACCAAGCUAUCAACCAGGGCCAAACGCCCAAUCAAGCUCUCAACCAAGUUCCCAAGCUCCUGUCUCUCGUCAAGUGCAAUCAGCUCAACUCGCGAGACCACCCCUGCCGAGAAAGGGUUUCUUUGGAGGGCCUGGUCGUGGACAACAGUAG